AUGUCAUCUUUAUCGUCUGCUGCAACUCCUGAGAGCAACAAUAACCCCCGAAGCGGAGAGGUGCUGGAUCCGAUUUUACAAACCAUUAUUAUGGAAUUUUCGCCACUAGUUGAUGAAGAUGUUAUUAAAACAUUAUAUCUAGACAAUGGGUGUGAUUUCGAUCAAACUAUCAAUCAGCUUUAUUUCAUCAUUUCCGAACCAAGUUUUGACCAAACUUCAUCCAUAGGGUCAUCAUCAGCCGAGGCUUCAAAUAUUGCCAAUUUUGACGGAAGCGAAGGCUAUCAAGAUUUUCCACUUCACUCUCCGAUCAACAUCAAUGAUCAAGAAAACAUUUCUCUUCUCUUUAACAUGUUUAAAGAUGUCAAGAACGAAAGUGGAGAAUAUUGCAUUGUCGAUCGAGAUUUCAUUCAAUUUCUGUAUGAGGAAAAUGACAAGGACUUGUUUUCAUGUAUGGGUGUGUUGAGAAAAGCUCUCUUAGAUGAUGACACUGCGGAAGAAGAUGUUUUUAUUGAAGAUGAAAAAUCAAAGCAAAUGGAAAAACAAAAGAAACAAGCUACAUCAUUAUUUGCAGCCUUAGAGGACCCAAAAAAUAAGUCACUUACUGAAAUGGCACGCGAAUUACCGGUUUACUUCAAGCAAAAUGAUCCAGAAGAAAAGAAAAAGAAGCAGCAAAAGAGAAAUCAACAAAAGAAUAUUGAAAAGAAGAAAAAAAUGCAAUUGGAAAAUAGAGAAAAACAACAAAAGGUAAACAUGUUGACAGAAAUGUUUCCAAACAUUGAGCAGUCAUUAAUUGAAGCCAUGUUAAUUGCUUGUGACAAUAAUGUGGAGGAAGCCACUAUGGCCAUUUUAAAUCAGACAAACAAACCGUCAUCGUCGAGUCAUCAAGGCUCUAAAAAGAAAACCUCUCGAGGCGUAGUUAGAAACGAUUUACUUGUAGGAGGAUCUAGAUGGAACUCUUCGACAACUUCCAACACGAAUACUAAUACCAGUGGCAACUCUAAUCAUUCACAGAGCUCUAAGAAAUCUACUCCUGUCACACUAAGUUUAGAAAUGAAGAGACAAAAACUUGGAGAAAUUAUCAAAGGCAAGAGUAUUUCUCUUGAUCAUGCAAUGGAAAUUUUUGAACAAUGUGAUCAAAAUUUAACAGCAACUGUUGAAUAUCUAAGUCAAUUAUAUCCAGCACAAUUUAAUCCGAACGAGCUCCUCAACUCGUCAUCUAAUUUAUUAAUCAAACCUAAAGAAGAAGAAAUCAUUUAUGGUACCACCAUUGGGCCCCAAUCAGCAGUCAUGCCCUCCAAUAUCGUGGAUAUCAAAAAGCCAGCUGUCAAACAAGCCAUGUCUCAUGUUGCUUUGGAUGAACUCAUUCAAAAACGAAAACAUUAUCAAUUACCAGAACUUAUUGAUACCGAGUCAAGUUAUUUACAAGCAUCCAGUCAAUACAGCAAAUUGAGAGAUAAAUUUAUGGACUUAGCUGUCAGUGCUCAACAAAAAGGAAAUCAUGGUCUUGCCACUCAAUUCAUGAGUAAAGCAAGACAGUACAGUCUCAUUGUCGAAGAUUGCAGAGAAAAGGCAAAUGAAAUUCGAUUACGAGAACAAACUGGUGGAAAUCUCAUUAGAAAGCCAAGAACUAUUGAUUUGCACGGAUUGGUAUUGUCAGAUGCGAUUGAUACUCUGAAUGAAUAUCUUUCAAAACAUCAAAACGAACCUCAUCGAAAGAUUAAUAUUGUGACUGGAACUGGUAAACACUCAUCCAAUAAUAAGCCAGUCCUAUUACCAGCUGUGGAACAAUAUUUGACAGAGAAUGGAUAUUCCUUUAAACAAAUUGCUCCUGGUGUCUUCCAAGUGAGGACCUAG